UUACUAUCGCUGAUAAAAGUUAUUUUGUCUACAGACACCAGACACCGUUCUAGUAGUAAGGAAGCUACAGCUAACUCACUAGUAACCAUACGAUUUGCUGGUUUAGUAUUUGAGACGCUGUUCGAUGAACCGGUUCACACCGUUCGAUCAUUCCAACAUAGCAAGCUUUACAUAAAACAUAUAGCCUUUCCGUCUGCUGUCUGUCGUUCGCCGUGAUUGAUAUUGAAUUUGAAGUCGGAAAAGUGUCAUAGCAUAGAAGCUGACAAGAGAUAAUUUCUUGCGUCAACACAGUGGUGGACGUCUGAUUAUUAGCAAACAUCCCAUCCCCGUUCGUUGUAUCUAUUACAUGAAGUGAGUGAUAUAUUUAUUCGAUUCGUGAAAAGAAACCUUAUCUCUCAAGGUUAACACCGUGGGCUGUGAAGUGGAAUCACUUUUUGUGUAUCGUAGUUGAAUCGUGUGCUUAACUUGGAUUGGUGCUGAGGUCAUUCAUUAUCUCCUACAAACGAUAACUAGUGUGUAAUAUCAAGACAAUCGAAAAAUGCUGUCUCAUUUGCUUAAGGAGAAUGUCAAUGUAAUUGUCAGCACCGGAAAUGUGCUGAACGUAAGCGACCUCCGGAAGAAAGCUGGCCAGAAACCAACAGAUGAGCUAACAGAUUGUUUACGGGCAACUUUCGUGGAGGCGGAGGUCGUUGAGGUAUCCGAUGAGCAGGUCCGUCUGGUGACACGUAAGAACAACGACCUGUUGACGAAGGUAAAGGAGCACCAGCGAACCGACAUUAAGAUCGGGGCAAAGAUUUUUCUCAAUCAAUAUUCGGAAACAUGUCUCUCGGAGGCGGUUGAGAGGCUGUUCGAUACGUUGAAUGUCUCAUAUUUGGACAAUUUGAUUUUGGCCUAUCAUCCUCGGAGCAUUGAUAGUUCGGCCGGCGGGGAAACUAAUGGAGAGGUGAAGGAAGGCGUAAUAGAGUGGGCCACUGGCAGUGAAAGUGCGGUUAGCAAUCUGAAGAAGCUGUGGAGUUCACUGGAGAGAUAUGCGGUGGAUAAAAAAAUUGGCCAGCUCGGUAUUGCCGACUUAGAUGUGAAUUCAUUGCGUGAGCUGUUCGAGGCAGCAACCGUGCAUCCAACGAUAGCGCAGAUCAAUCUGGCGGCUUGCUGUGUGGUGCCACCGCAGCUACAGGAUUACUGCGGACAGCAUGACAUUCAACUUCUGACCCAUAGCGAUCCACAAGAACUCCUCCCGCGGACAGUUCUAAAUGAGCUUGAACUGAGUUCGUAUCAGGCCGGCUGGAUAACACGCUAUCAGGUGCACAUCAAAUGCCGCGGAGUGCUUGCUGCGAAAGGUUUCAUUGUUAAACUGAUCCGCAAUUAGACACCAUUCGUUGUCAGUCCCUAGCCGAGGAAGCAAGUCAAUGUUCAUCGACGUGUCAACCAACCAGCUUAGUAUAUUAUGCGAACCGCACGAUAAUUCCUUUAUGAGAAUGCGAUUCUGACAAAGGCGAACAAACCAACGAAGAGUGACAGUUACAAAUUUAUUUUUAUGUUAAAGAAUAACCGCGCACCAAGCACGCUUUCCAUGAAAAUCCCCUUUAUUCCGCACGGCGAAUGACAUAAAAUAACUCAAGUCACAGUAUUCCCGAAGGCGAACGGCGUGAUUAUAGUUUGCCAUUAGAUGAGAUUGGAAGUCGUGUCCUCAGAGGUUGUCGACGUCACUCGCGGUGCAGAAUAAACGGAAAUAUGUUUAGUGCAAAGUAGAUGUUUGUGGUCAACGAUUUCGUGAAUCACCGCCUCUGUCGACAUGCUUGAACGGUUGUUUGUGUCUGCGCUACAACUGCUGAAUGUCGACUGGUGGUUUGCUUCUUCGCUAAUCGAAUGCAAGUUGUUAGUGGUGAUGGAAUCGAAUACGUCUUUAAGAAGUAUCCGUCAGAACUGUAUUUAAUACAAGUAAAUGUAGAAAUUAUGUUAUGUAGGCAUUAUAUACGAAAAUACAAUCAGCAUAUACUGUAGACGGCAAGCGAAUAAUUAUCGAUAUGAUACAAAUUUUGCGUGUAUGUUGGAAGUACUUCAUGUUAGAUACUGUAUAGGAAUGUGGUCAGUCCGGCGGAGAAGGUAUCCUGUUGGAUUCAGUCGAGUAGCUCUAUUUUUUUUCUAAAACAUAUUAUAUUAGUACUUAAGACCAUCAUAGGCAUUUCUUUCUGUUCACGCUACAGUAACUGCGAACAAUUAGCAUAGUUUGUUAAUUAGUUUUAUUCCAAACACUUCGAUCGCAAAGACUAUUUUUGAUAACGAUUUUUCACAUCAUUUUGAGACGAAAUAAAACAUGAAAUGAGGAAACUAUAAAGGGAGAGAGGUAGAAUCUAGAA